GCCGCCGCGCCGGGGCCCAGCCGUAGCCGCCGCCGCCCUCGCGCCCGCCCGCCCGCCGCGGGCCGCAGCCGCGGCGCGGGAGACGAGCCGGCCGUCCGGGCCGGGGAGCCGCCCGCCAUGGCCACCAAGGCUCGGGUUAUGUAUGAUUUUGCUGCUGAACCUGGAAAUAAUGAACUGACAGUUAAUGAAGGAGAAAUUAUCACAAUUACAAAUCCGGAUGUUGGUGGAGGAUGGUUGGAAGGAAGAAACAACAAAGGAGAACGAGGGCUGGUUCCCACAGACUAUGUUGAAAUCUUGCCCAAUGAUGGAAAAGAUCAGUUUUCCUGUGGAAAUUCAGUGGCUGACCAAGCCUUCCUUGAUUCUCUCUCAGCAAGUACAGCUCAAGCCAAUUCAUCAGCUGCCAACAGCAAUAACCAGGUUGGCGGUGACCCCUGGUCAGCCUGGAAUGCUUCCAAAUCUGGAAACUGGAACAGCACGGAUGGCUGGGGAGCCAAGCCAGAGGGGGCUGCAGCCCAGAAAAACACUUCCAAUAACUGGGACACUGCCUUUGGUCACCCGCAGGCCUACCAAGGGCCAGCAACUGGUGACGAUGAUGACUGGGACGAAGACUGGGACGACCCCAAGUCCUCGUCUCCCUACUUCAAGGACUCGGAGUCGGCUGAAGCAGGGGGUGCUCAGCGAGGCAGCAGCCGUGCGGGCUCCUCUUCCAUGAAGCUGCCGCUUAACAAAUUCCCUGGAUUUGCAAAACCUGGAAUGGAACAGUAUUUGUUGGCCAAGCAACUAGCAAAACCCAAAGAGAAAAUUCCUAUCAUUGUUGGAGAUUAUGGCCCAAUGUGGGUUUAUCCUACCUCUACGUUUGACUGUGUGGUAGCAGAUCCCAGGAAGGGCUCCAAAAUGUAUGGUCUGAAGAGCUACAUUGAAUAUCAGUUAACACCUACUAACACUAAUCGAUCUGUAAACCACCGGUAUAAGCACUUUGACUGGCUAUAUGAGCGUCUCCUGGUCAAGUUUGGGUCAGCCAUUCCAAUCCCUUCUCUUCCAGAUAAACAAGUCACAGGUCGCUUUGAAGAGGAAUUUAUCAAAAUGCGCAUGGAGAGACUGCAGGCGUGGAUGACCAGAAUGUGUCGUCAUCCAGUCAUCUCAGAAAGUGAGGUUUUCCAGCAAUUUCUAAAUUUCCGAGAUGAAAAGGAAUGGAAAACUGGGAAGAGGAAGGCUGAGAAAGAUGAGCUGGUGGGAGUUAUGAUAUUUUCCACCAUGGAACCAGAGGCACCUGACUUGGACUUACUAGAAAUAGAACAGAAGUGUGAUGCUGUAGGUAAAUUCACCAAAGCCAUGGAUGAUGGUGUGAAGGAGCUGCUGACCGUGGGCCAGGAGCACUGGAAGCGGUGCACAGGACCAUUACCCAAGGAAUAUCAGAAGAUAGGAAAGGCCCUGCAGAGUUUAGCAACAGUGUUUAGUUCUAGUGGUUAUCAAGGUGAAACAGAUCUCAAUGAUGCAAUAACAGAAGCGGGAAAGACUUAUGAAGAAAUUGCCAGUCUCGUGGCAGAACAGCCAAAGAAAGAUCUCCAUUUCCUGAUGGAGUGUAAUCAUGAAUACAAGGGUUUCCUUGGCUGCUUCCCUGAUAUCAUUGGCGCUCACAAGGGAGCAAUAGAAAAAGUGAAAGAAAGUGAUAAACUGGUUGCCACUAGCAAGAUCACCCCACAGGACAAGCAGAACAUGGUGAAACGCGUCGGCACCAUGUCCUACGCGUUGCAAGCUGAGAUGAAUCACUUCCACAGUAACCGGAUCUACGACUACAACAGCGUCAUCCGCCUGUACCUGGAUCAGCAAGUGCAGUUCUACGAGACGAUUGCAGAAAAGCUGAGGCAGGCCCUCGGCCGCUUCCCGGUUAUGUAGGACAGAACCGAACAUGAAGAAAACUCCGAAGUGCUUCUUUCUGACUUGGGGCAAUGCAAUUCGAUUUUUUUCCCCCUAUCAUCCAAAACAAAAAAAAAAGGAAAGAAAGAAAACCAAAAAGAAGUAGAGUUGCAACAACUGCCUUUAUUAACCAGCCUAAAUGCAUCCGUUCUCUAGGGACGGGCUUCUUUUGUUCAUUGCCACACCCGUCAUUAACCAGUGGAAAUUGUCUCUAUUUUUGGCAAGUACUUAAGUUAUCAGAAUUUUGAAUGGAAAAUGAGAGGUUUCCCCCACUGAUAUUUUACAUGAAAUUAUAAUUUAUAAGUCACCCAUGAUCUUCCAAUUCUUACCCAAUGUCAGAUAAUUACUAAUUGCUUUCUUAAAAAUAUGAAAUAUGCCAGAGUAAAAAAUAUAUAUGUUUGUAUAUUUUUAUAACUUUUCAGUCUUUUGGGAUUCCUGUCUAUUUAGGAAAAUCCACAUGCCUUUCACUGACAUAUUUAUGACUCAAGUGCUUACGUUUUCAGAAGAGAGGAAGCAGAGAGGGGCUCCUGGGGCUGCCGGCACCCUCGUGUGCACCUCAGUGGGCUUCACUGUCCCUUAGGGGACACAGCUUGGCAAAAACCGACGAUCAGAUUCACCUGCCCUCACUUUCCUUAGGAAUGUUCUUGAAGUGUUGUCUUCCCUGAGGAGUGCUUUCUCUCCUGGAGCCUCCUUCCUGAGCAUGGUUAAGGCAUGCUUUACGCUAGAAAGAAUACCUUGAAAGCGUUGGGGAUGUGUUUGAAAUGCUCUGGCUGCUCCCGGGGGUGGAGCCGGUGUGCUGACUCCUGUGCUCAGGGAGGAGUGCUCUGGGGGACAAACGCUGCUCCAGAGCUUUCGACCCUGUUUUCAGUCCUCAGCCGUGCAGUCAGACAUAAUGAGAAGUGCCUGCAAGAGCAUGAUGUGCCCCUUGAUGUGGACUGUAGACUAGCGGGCCGCUUGGUAUAAUCUGAAAAGACGAAGAACACAGUUGAGUAAAAUGGAAAAGUUUAGGGGCUGUUAGGGCGGCAGCUUGAAUAAAGCACAGUAAUCCCAGAGCAUUUGUGUUCAAGAAAAAGUUCAGAGUGACGUUCUUCUGGACUGUAUCCUAAACUUCAGGCAGAAUUUUUCUGAUCACUAGUACUUCAGUUAAUGGUGUAAAGCAAAAGAGAAUCUUUGCAAACCGUCAGCUUGACUCUGAACACUCGCAGACACGCACUGCCUCCCUCCUGCAGACGAGAUGUCCAUCCUCCACAGCUGCCUUACGACGUUCUCCAACUGCUUUCAGUUUUCUGACCUAAUAAUUAUCUUAUAGAAAAUGGAAAGUUUGGGCCAGCAUAAAUAAAGUGAAACCAAAAAUUAAGUAGAAGAGGAAAUCAAGUGAAGAUGAAUAUGAGAACUUCUUGUUCUUUAAUAUCACGGGUUUUUGUUAAUGUUUUAUAAGUAGUUUUCCCUACUUGAUUUUUCUUUUGUAAAAUCUCAUAGAACAGUGUUUAUGAUACAGCCAUUUAAUAUAUGUACAAAUUGUAAAGAAUAUGUAUAAAUGUUUUACACAAAUGUAAGAGCAUGUAGAAGGCAACAUAUAAAUAAAUUGUUAAAAAAAUGUA